GUCUCAAAUCUCUUCUUCUUCUUCUUCUUCUUCUUCAUUGGUUUCAUCACUCCUUAUACUCUCUCGUACACUUCUGCUCUCUGCUCGCUCGCGGUACAGUCGUAUAGACUCCAGAGCUUAGCUUUAACUUCCCAGCUUCGGUGACAGGAUCAAGCUCAGCUGAGCCCAGCAAUGGCGGACCGCGUCCACCCCCGCGACUCGCCGCCGCCGCCGCCGUCCCCGCCUCGCUCGCCGGAGCCCGGUUCGCCGAGGAAGCCCCUCCCCCCGCCCGACGACAAGCCGGUCCCUCCCCUCGUCCCGGGCACCUACGUGAUCCAAAUCCCCAAGGACCAAAUCUACCGCGUCCCCCCGCCGGAGAACGAGGGCCGCUACGGGCGGCGCACCCGCCGGGAGAACCCCCGCCGCCCCCUCCGGCGCUGCUGCUGCUGCUCCAUCGCCGCGGUCGCCGCGCUGGUCGUCCUCCUCGCCGCCGCCGCCGGGGUCUUCUACCUCGUCGUGCGGCCGCGGUCGCCGGGCUACGCCGUCAGCGGCAUCUCGAUCGGCGGGCUCAACCUGACGUCCUCCUCGCCGGUGUCGCCGGCGAUGGACGUCGCCGUCCGGGCGAACAACCCGAACGGCAAGAUCGGGAUCUACUACCUCGAGGGGAGCUCCGCGGAAGUCUACUACGCCGACCUCAAGCUCUGCGACGGCGCCCUGCCGGCGUUCUACCAGCCGGCGAACAACGUGACGGUGCUCGACGCGGCGCUGAAGGGAGGGGCCAUGGUCCUGACGAGCCAGGUGCGGCAGGCGCUGGCCAGCGAUCAGGGCCAAGGGAGCGUGCCGUUGACGGUGAAGGUAACGGCGCCGGUGAAGCUCAAGGUGGGGGCCGUGAAGACGUGGAAGAUUACCGUUAAGGUGACGUGCGACGUAACGGUCGACAAGCUGACGGCGACGGCCCAGAUCGGCUCUACGGAAUGUGAUUACGGGGUCGAUAUAUUCUGAGGAAGAAGAUGGUUUAUUCCGGCGUAUUUAGAAUAAUGACUAUGAUUUAAUUAUUCUUUUUGCGUGAAUGAAGCCUGCGAGCUUUUGUAGCUUGUCGUGUAAAUUAGGCGGAACAAAAAUUCGAUUUGCGGUAGAGAAAUGAAUUUAAUUAAUCAUUCAUUGGUA